AUGUUCGCCGUCCCAGGCUGGUCCGUCUCGGCCGACAGCCUCAAGGCGGAGAACGCCCCGGCGGCGCAGGGGGCCGCGGCCGCCGGGGGCGCAAAGCCCAGCAGCAGGAAGCGGAAGCGCAACGGCGCGGCCGCCGCCGCCGAGGAGAAGGUCACGGCGGCCAACGUCGCGGACCUGUACGAGUCGGUCGUGGAGGGGCGUAAGGCGCCUAAGCACUCGCGGCAGGCUGACGGCGGGAGGCAAGAGAAGCCGUCCAAGAAGGCGAGGAAGGAUGCGGCCGGCAAGCAGCAGCAGGCUGAGGUGAAGGAUGAGGUGGUGAAGACGGAGGCGAAGAAGAGCCACGAGAAGAAGAGCCAUGAGCAUGCUGCCGGCGAGAAGAAGCCCGAGGGUGGUGAGGCGAGCAAAACUCCCAAGGAGGGCAAGAAGGACAAGAAGAAGCACAAGCAAAAAGACAGCGAGGAGAGCAGAGGCUCCGAACCCACCGCCCAGGACGAACAGAAGCAGCAGCAGCAAGAGGGCGGCGCCAACGCCGCCGCCGCAAAGCCCAAGGCCAAGGCCGCGGAGCAGCAGCUCCCCAUGCCGCCCAAGCCCGCCAAGCUGACGCCGCUGCAGGCGUCGAUGCGCGAGAAGCUCGUGUCGGCGCGCUUCCGGCACCUCAACGAGACGCUGUACACGCGGCCCUCGGACGAGGCGUUUGAGCUGUUCCAGGAGUCGCCCGAGAUGUUCGACGAGUACCACGAGGGCUUCCGCCGGCAGGUCAAGGUGUGGCCCGAGAACCCCAUCGACAGCUUCCUCGCGGACAUUCGCGCGCGGGCCAAGGUCCGGCAGCCGGGAAGGCAUCAGCAACAGCGCGGUGGUCGUGGCGGUGGCCGCGGCGGUGGACGACAAGCACCACCGCCGGCGCGGGUGGAAACGUCUGGCAUCGCCCCCCUACCGCGCACGGCCGGCCUCUGCACCAUCGCGGACCUGGGCUGCGGCGACGCCCGGCUCGCCGAGUCGCUGCAGGGGGAGCAGGCCAAGCUCAACGUCGAGGUCAAGAGCUUCGACCUGCAGAGCCCGAGCCCGCUCGUCACGCGCGCCGACAUCGCCGACCUGCCGCUCGCCGACGGCUCCGUCAACGUGGCCAUCUUCUGCCUCGCCCUCAUGGGCACCAACUGGAUCGACUUCAUCGAGGAGGCGUACCGCGUCCUGCACUGGAAGGGCGAGCUCUGGGUCGCCGAGAUCAAGUCGCGCUUCGGCCCCCUCGGAGGCAAGAAGGCAGGUGGUGGUGCUUCAGGGGGCGUCGUGGCUCACAGCGUGGGUAACCGCAAGAAAGCCGCCGCCGCGGGCAAGAAGGGCGGCAAGGGUGGUGGCGAGGAUGACCCCACGGCGCUGCACGGGCAGGACCUCGCCGUGGAGGUGGACGGCGUGGAGGACCGCCGCCGCGAGACGGACGUGUCGGCCUUUGUGGAGGCGCUGCGCAAGCGCGGCUUCGUGCUGCGCGGCGAGCGCGCCGAGGCCGUCGACAUGUCGAACCGCAUGUUCGUCAAGAUGCACUUCAUCAAGGGCGCCGCCCCGACCAAGGGCAAGGGCGUCAAGGCCGCGCAGGAGGCGGCGACCGCCGCGGGCGCAGGCAUGGGGGCCAGGGGCAAGAAGAACUUUGCGCCCAAGUGGGAUGAGGACCAGGACGACGAGGCCGAGGCGGAUGCCAGCGAGGCUGCCAUCUUGAAACCAUGUGUCUACAAGAUCCGGUGA